UUGUUCGAUGUGUUGCCUAUGACUGCUUUGCCCAGAGGUUCCGACGAAACUAAAUACUAUGGAGAACAUCAACUUGGCUUAGACGGUGGCCGCCUGUACCCGUGUGCCUUCUCAUUUGGAAGUCGUCUACUUUUAUGACAGAGGACGUCGCGGCGAAGUGAUUUGAAUGCCGUGCUACGUUCAUGGGACCUUCACGGACCCACUUACUUACAUCCGCAAAUGUGGAUCAUUUUUGUAUAGGCGGUAUAUAAUCUGCAGGUGAGUAGCUAUGUUCUUCAUUCCAUCCUCCCAACUGCUCGUUCCAGUUACUUCGCUACGCCUCUUUCACCAGCCAUCAUGCACGACUUGCAGCCCGGUAUCUAUACUAUCCAACUCGCGGAUACGAACCUAGAGAGAUGCAAAGCCUACACGGUCGAACUCUCGGGGCAGGACUCGAAAACUGUCAUCGGAUAUCCUUGUCACGAAGGCAGGAAUCAACAAUGGGAAUUUGCGACUUUGGGUGCAGAAUACUCUAUCCGGAACGUCUCCAAUGGAUCCUACCUGUCCAUCGACUUCAAAAACGGUCUGCAAGAGUUAAGACCACAAGUUGUAGCUUUGUCGUACCCUGUCAUUUGGUAUGUUAAGCUGUACGAAGCCGACGAUGGAGUGUACAGAAUCCUCUCGAACAGUGAAUAUGGGUUCAGCAUGGACAUCCAAGCUGAUGGCCUCGCUCCCGUCUUCAUUUCUAAACAGCAAGCCAGCGCUGACAUCUCGCAGCUGUGGACUCUCCGCCGCCUGCGUGAGUGCGAGUGUGAGCAUGCUCCGUUGUCACCUUCGACGGUCCAGUUGGCCACGCAUAUGUCAAGCAUCAACGUCACCAUGACGCCUACAGUCAAGACCGUCAGAGGCAGCAUUGUGUUCAAUACCGGUGAUGCGUUCACUGCCGUGUUCAACAUUGACGGAAAGCAAUACAUCUUUGUCACUACCAUAGGAGAUAGUGCCUACGGCCCACUCUUCUACUCUUUCACUAUGGUCUCGUUGACUUAUGAGCAUAUCGGUGACUUGACUGGUUACUACACAUUUUCUGCGACUGUCGACAGCAACCUGAGCAUUAGCGCAACUAGGGGCGGGCAUGGAUGGAAGAUUCACGGGUCGCUUGCAUCGGCUGUUGCUCCUGCCACUAAUAUGCAAAAAGUUCAAGGGACCUGGUUCAGUGCCUAAAAACGCUCCAUUCACUUUGUCGUACUAACGACUGCUGAUAUUUUCCAAACCCUUUUGUUGCAUAAAACCCGAAAAAACUAUUUACCAUGAUUGUUGAACCGUUUCUAUCCUUCGUUCUCAUAAAAUCUAUGAAAAAUUGUCACAUUGUUAUUGUAGUUGUGCUUUGAAAUAACCACUCAUGUGUUCGCCUUUUUCC